AUGCCCUGCAUCCAGGCGCAGUACGGCACGGUGGGCACCGGCCCCUGCGAGCGCUUCCCGACCGAGCUGCUGAGCCCCGAGGCGGGGCGAUUCCCUAUGGAGGUGGCCGGAGCGGACCUGACAGCCGCCCCCGCUCUGCCCAGCUUCAGCACCUUCAUGGAGAGCUACGCCGGAGAGUUCGACGCCUUCCUCUACCAGCUGCCGGCCGGCAGCCAGCCCUCCACCACCUUCAAGCUGGAGGACUUCCAGGUGUACGGCUGCUACCCUGGUGCCUUCGGUGGGCAGCCGGACGAGACCCUCUCCUCCAGCGGCUCGGACUGUUAUGGCAGCCCCUGCUCCGUCCCCUCGCCCGCCACGCCGGGCUUCCAGCCGCCCCAGGCUCCGGGAUGGGAGGGCUCCUUCGGGACGUACUCGCCUCCGCCGAACUACGAUGGUGGGCGGCCCUGGGCUGAGCCCGUCAAGGGGGGUGGGUCGCAGCCCCCCUUCUUCACUCUUGGGCUCCCGGAAUCCAGCCCCGGUGGGCCUCCGGGGACCCUAAAAGGGCAUCAGGGCCCCACGCCCCGCCUGGACCCACGGCUGCUGGACACGGACGCCUUCGCCCUGGCCCAGGGCUCCCCCGGGAGCUUCGCCGGGCUGCCCCUGGCCCCCACCUCGCCGCUGUUGGAGGGACCGGCGCUGGCCCCCACCAAGACGCGCAGCCCCGGCGCAGGUGAGGGUCGCUGCGCUGUCUGCGGGGACAACGCUUCCUGCCAGCACUACGGCGUGCGCACCUGCGAGGGCUGCAAGGGCUUCUUCAAGCGCACGGUGCAGAAGAACGCCAAAUACAUCUGCCUGGCCAACAAGGACUGCCCGGUGGACAAGCGGCGGAGGAACCGCUGCCAGUUCUGCCGCUUCCAGAAGUGCCUGGCCGUCGGCAUGGUCAAAGAAGUGGUCCGGACCGACAGCCUGAAGGGGCGGCGGGGUCGGCUGCCCUCCAAGCCCAAGCAGUCCCCGGACGCGUCCCCGGUCAGCCUCAUCACCUCCCUGGUGCGGGCGCACAUCGACUCCAUCCCCAGCGCCACCAAGCUCGACUAUUCCAAGUUCCAGGAGUCCGUGCCGUGCCAGUUCGAGAAGGAGGACUCGGUGGACGUGCAGCAGUUCUAUGAUUUGCUUACCGGCUCCAUGGACGUCAUCCGCAAGUGGGCAGAGAAGAUCCAGGGCUUCGCCGAGCUGCCCAAGGAGGACCAGGACCUGCUGCUGGAGUCAGCCUUCCUCGAGCUCUUCAUCCUGCGUCUGGCUUACCGCUCCAAGCCGGAGGAAGGGAAACUCAUCUUCUGCAACGGGGUGGUGCUCCACCGCCUCCAGUGCGUGCGAGGCUUCGGCGAGUGGAUUGAUGCCAUCCUGGAGUUCUCUCAGAGCCUGCACCGCAUGAGCGUCGACGUCCCCUCCUUCUCCUGCCUCGCUGCCCUCGUCAUCAUCACAGACCGCCACGGGCUGAAGGAGCCGAAGCGAGUGGAGGAGCUGCAGAACCGCAUCGUGGGCUGCCUGAAGGACCAUGUGGCAGCGGCAGGGACCGAGCCCGGCCGUCCCGGCUGCCUCUCCAAGCUGCUGGGCAAACUGCCCGAGCUGCGCAGCCUCUGCACCCAGGGCCUCCAGCGCAUCUUCUACCUGAAGCUGGAGGACCUGGUGCCACCACCGCCCAUCGUCGACAAGAUCUUCAUGGACACGCUGCCCUUCUGAGCCCCCGGCAAGGGGAGGCGGGGUGAUGCUGCUAGCCCCUGACCCCCGUGGGGUGCUGGCACCCUCCCUGGGAUGCCUGGGACCCCCCUCUGGGAUGCCUGGAUCACGUCCAGGGACACCUGGGUCCUCCUGAGGACAUUCAGGUCCCCCAUGUGCCUUUAUGGUGCCAGGUGCAGAUGCCCAGCAGCAGCUCUGGUGCCUUUUUUUUCUGGGGAGGGGGGCAUUGCUGGCACUGGGCUCCCCCCUUUUUCCCCUGUAAAAAUGUCCCCGAUGUAAAUAGCAAGUGGCCGGAUCCUGUACAGAGCGGGGGGAGCACAAGGGCAAGGAGGGGGCUCCGGCCCCUCCCCAGCCUCUCGUCCCUC